UUGCAUGCUGUGUUAAACACUCAAAUACAGUCCAUUCUGUCGUCAUUAGCCUUCAUUAUGUAAAAGUGAACUGCUUUUGGAUUUCACCAAUGACUGACAUCUUUUUUGGAUGAGCUUUUAUAUAUUCAGCUGUUAAGAAUUUAAAGACCUUAACAGUCAUGUUUUUGGCAGAGGCUGGAUGUGUGCUUGUGGGUUUCAUCUUGUACAUCUCAGGUGUUCAGGGACAAACAAACAGCAUCUGUGCCUUAAAAGGUUCAUCAGUGAAUCUGCCCUGCUCAGCUGAACAUCCCACUUCAAGCAUGAAAUGGUACACUGUACACUGGAAUGGAUCUGUACAGAAUGAACUCUCUGCAGAUGGAAAUCGUGUAAUGUACAAGCCUGAAGAAAGUCAUCCAACUCUAACAAUCAAUGAUCUGAGAGAGAGUGAUGCAAACUUUUACUGCUGCAGAGACAAUACUGAUCGACCACAACACUGCUGGGUCUAUAAAAUUCAACUCCGUGUUACAGACCUGCAGGUAAAGGUGAUUCCUGCCACAGAGGGACAGACAGUAACACUGAUGUGUAGCACCAGCUGUCCUCUGACUGAAACCCCUGCAGCCUACAUCUGGUACAAGAACGGAGAGUUUCUCUAUCAGGACUGGUCUCCCUGGUACCAACAGCUGGUCAGCAGUGAGGAAGCAGUCAGAUACUCCUGUGCUAUCAAAGGCUACGAGGAUCUCAGAGCCCCUGAAGUCUCAGUGGAUUCUGUCACAUCAACCUGCUUUACUGUGACCUAUGCUAAAGGGAGAAUGUGUUCUUAUAAGCAGACAUCAGAGGAUGAGCCCUGCUCCAUCACAUAUCCCAGAGAAGUACAAGUUCAAAAGACUCCUGAAUGGACCUAUGUCAAACUGACCUGUCGCACCAGCUGUCCUCUGACUGUCUCCCAAACUGCCUAUAGGUGGUACAGAGAUGGAUACUUAUACAGAUACAUUGACAGUCAACAGUUGUCAGUUUCCCAUUCCUCCGUUCAAAGCUUCUCCUGUGCUGUAAAAGGCCUCGAGGAUCUGCACUCUGCUGAAGUCUGUGCUGGAGAUAACAACUGCUGGAUUGUGAAUUACAUCAGUAGGAGAAUCUGUGCUCUACAAGGCUCUUCAGUGAACAUUUCAAGUGAAUAUUCUUAUCCCUACCACCAGCUGCCACAGUCUAAAUCUUGGUUUAAAAUAACAAGAAGUGGGAAGCAAGAAGUUAAAGAGCUGAUUAAACCUGCAGGUCAUGUGGAGUAUUAUGACAACAUGAAGAAUCACCACAUCCUGAGAAUCAAUAACCUGAAGAAGAAUGACUCAGCAGAAUACACAUUCAGACUCCAACAACAAAAUGGAGGAUGGAAACAGUCUGAUUCUCCUGGAGUGACUUUGGUUGUCACAGGUCUGAAAGUGAAGUUUACUCCUUCUGCAGUGGUGACAGAGGGUCAGACAGUCACACUGACCUGCAGUACCAGCUGUCCUCUGACUGACAACACAAACUACAUCUGGUACCUGAACAGUCGACCUCUGACCCUGCCAGAGAACCAGAACAAACACCUGGUUCUAGACCCAGUCAGCAGUCAGCAUGCAGGAAACUACUCCUGUGCUGUCAAAACCCACAACAACAUCAGCUCUCGUGAAAAGACUCUCACUGUCCACAGUAAAACAGGAAAAUGGACAUCAGCAGCAGCUGCAGGAGUCGGAGCUGUUCUCCUGGUUAUAAUACCUCUCACUGUCUUCUGCUGGAUUAGAAGAAAGAGGACUUCAGAUCAAUCUCCUACAACUGGAGCAACGGACAACAUGGAGCAGCUAAAUCCUGGUCCUUUGUAUGUAAACAUCUCAGCUCCACCAGCAGAGCAGGAGGAACUUCACUAUAGCAGAGUCCACUUCUCCAAGACCCAGACAGAUCCUCUUUACUCCACCGUCCAACCACGUCAGCCCAAGGAACAGGAGGAUGUUGCUUAUGCUGCUGUCAUCUUUAGAUCCAACAAGACAACUGAUUCAGGAUUUACUUAGUGGACUUACUCAUCUCAAUCAGUGCUACAACCACAGUGGUGUGUUGUGGGAACGUUUCUGCCUGAAAAGCUAGACUUUUCACAUUCCAAGGCUUCUGCGCAAUACAAACACCGUAAUGCUUCACAUUUAUCUGCUCUCACACUGCGACCUUGUCAUGAAAAUAGCAGCAUAGUACUCAACGACCAUCAUGUGCUGUGACGAUAGCGCCCUCUGGAGGACGGACUCUUACUGUUACUGUUACAGAGCAGAAUGAGGACUCUGUUACUUUUACUGAAUGUUUUAUAUGACCUGAUGCGUACAUGUUAUUUUUUGUGUCUGUUUAAGCUCAAAACAGAAAAAGAACAUUGUGUACUUCAGUUGCUAUCUGUUGAAUGAAUAUUGUUAGUGAUGUUUUAAUGGGGGCCAACAAAUCUUGUAAAGUCUGGGUUAAUAGGUCAGGAAGUGUUGAUAUUUAGCACAACUGAUGUUUUAUUAGUUGCUCAAUCAAAUGGGUCGCUUUCUCUGCACCACUGAGCACUUUUACCAACCCAACAGGAAGUGGGCCAGUUUUAAUUUAGUGGUCAUUUUUGGCUAUUUAAAGGCACUGUACAUGAACAACCUCCUCCUAGAGCAUUGAUCGGCUUAGUGUGAUCUAAAGUUCUCAAAUGGACAUGCCAUUUGUUGAAUUUUUUGCUGUGAAACAGGAAGUUGUUUAUCCACAAGUUCAUUAUCCAAUUUGCUCCAGUUUUCUCACGUUCAAGGGUUAGUCCCAGCCUGAAGACUCAUCUCACCCUCAUGCCUCUAAUGCCUUUAAAGUGAGUUAAUUUAUCAUUUAUUUAAACUGUUCACAGUGUCAUAUAUUUGCUUUCUUGAAAAACAAAUCAAUUCUUACAUCCUCAUUGGCACAGUGAGUUCAGGGUUUCAUGGUUUCAGGGUACUAACCAGAGUUUGAGAGUUUAUACUCAACAAUUCCUGUAAUUAAUUAAUUAUGUAAUGGUAAAUGGUAAAUGGACCUGUACUUGUAUAGCGCCUUUCUAGUCUUCCGACCACUCAAAGCGGUUUUACACUACGUGCCACAUUCACUCUUUCACACACAUUCACGCAGUGAUGGCAAAGUCCAUCGAACAGAAACUAACAUUCAUACACAUUCACACACCGAUGCACGGCAUCGGGAGCAAUUUGGGGUUCAGUAUCUUGCUCAAGGAUACUUUGACAUGUGGCACCAGGAGCCGGGGAACGACCCGCUCUGCCUCUGAGCCACAGCCGCCCGUUAUGCACUUUAAGAUGUUAUAUCAACUGAUGAAGGUACAUUCUCCCCACAGAGGUAUAUGUUCAAAAGACUCCCGCAGAGAGCUAUGUCAAACUGACUUGUCUAACCAGCUGGACUCUGACUGACUCCUAAACUGCCAAUCGGUGGUACCAUGAUGGACACUAAUACAGAUACACUGAGAGUCAACAGUUCCCCCUCCUCUGAUAACAGCUUCUCCUGUGCUGUAAAAGGCCACGAGGCUGAGCACAUUAAUGUAAGUACUGUGUGGUCAGUUUUAACUUAAGGAAUAUUGGUGUCACAAAUCUACAUUAAAUGAAUAAAUAUUUUUAUUCAAUUAUUCAAUUCAAUCUAAAACAUUAUAGAACAUCAUUUAUCCUAAAAAAAACGUAUAUUUUAUUUAUAUUUCAGGUACUGAAGAUAAGACCUGCUGGGUCUUGAAAUAUGUCAGCAGGAGAAUCUGUGCUCUACAAGGCUCUGCAGUGAACAUUUUAAGUGAAUAUUCUUAUCCCCACCAGCAGCUGCCACAGUCUAAAUUAUGGUAUAAAAAACACAAAUGUUUAUUGUCAUGUUAUUUUCCCUGUUAGUUUUAGUGACUGUAAUAACUUCAAUAUAAUAGCAGUAACAGACAAGUGCAAAUACAAAGGUGAGCACAUAUUUCUCUGUUGAACGCAAAGGGAAAUCUUUUCUGCCUGAAAUACCAGAGUUCACUGUCACUCUUCAAGACUUCUGACCUUCAGCACCCUUUCAGUUCACUCUAAUGUGGACGACAAGUUUCAUAACAGUACUGAGAUUCACAAGCAGAAGCAUGGCGACAAACUUGAAGAGAAGAGCCAGAAAAGCUCAUUGCAGCAAUUGGUCACUGUUUCUAGUGUGUUUAAUGUUCUGUUACUUUCUGGAUGACUUGCAGCAGUGAAUAAAAUAAUAAAAAAGUA